AUGGGGUCUGCCUUGGCGCAGCAGAUGGCCCAGAAGUGUCAACUGCUGGAGGAUCUCCAUGAGCUUCGUACUUCGGCGUCUCAUUUUGUGGAGUUCGUACAAUCCAAGUACGGUCGCAUGCGAGUCCGAUACGAAGAGGUGGUCAAGAGGUCUGACGCCUUCCGGGAGGCGUUAGUCGACCGGGUAUAUCAGACUGCUGUGAUCGCGCAUUUGAAAUAA